AUGGACGUGGAUGCCGGCAGGAAGCUGCCCAAGCGCUAUGCCAACCAGGUGAGGGGGGCGAGGCGCCGGGGGCGACGCAUCCUGCCCGGCUUGGCGCUCCCGGAGGGACCGUGCCUCGGCUCCGACCCCGAGACCCGCUGCGGUCAAGUGGAGAAGCUGAUGCUAUCUGAGUGGCUGGUCGACGUCCCCUUGGAUCUGGAGCAGGAGUGGGUUGUAGUGAUGUGUCCCGUCGGGAAAAGGGCGCUGGUGGUGGCGGCCAGGAGCGGCUUCUGCGUCAACAGGUUCCCGUCCCUGCUGCCGGGGGGGAACCGGCACAAUUCAACGAGCGAGAAAGUGUACUGCAUCUUGGACUGCAUCUACAACGAGGCGAAGCAGACGUACUACAUCCUGGACGUGAUGUGCUGGAGAGGACACCCCGUUUAUGACUGCCAGUUCAAAUUUGUGGGCCUGCAGAACUUCCCCUGCUCCUCGGACAGCCUGUGUAAGGUGCUGGCCAUGGACUUCCCCUUCGAGGUCGACGGACUUCUCUUCUAUCACAAGCAAACCCACUACACCCCUGGCAGCACCCCGCUGGUGGGCUGGCUCCGGCCUUACAUGGUUCCCGAAAUCCUGGGGCUCGCCGUGCACGCCACCGGGGGCCGGACUAAGCCACGCGCCAGCUCCAGCAGAUCAUCGAGAGCAAGAAGAGCGACCAAGCAGUUCCUGGAGGAGAUCAACAAGUGGACGGGCCAGUACAAUGUGUCCCCGCUCUCCUGGAACGUGGCUGUCAAGUUCCUCAUGGCCCGCAAGUUUGACGUCCUGCGGGCCAUCGAGCUCUUCCACUCCUACCGGGAGACACGGCUGAAGGAGGGCAUCGUGAAGCUGAAGCCGCAUGAGGAGCCACUGCGCUCGGAGCUGCUCAGCGGCAAGUUCACCAUCCUGAGCGUGCGAGACCCCUCGGGAGCCUCCAUCGCCCUCUUCACGGCCAAGCUGCAUCACCCCAGCAAGAGCAUGCAGCACGUGGUGCUCCAGGCGCUCUUCUACCUGCUGGACCGAGCAGUGGAGAGCUUCGAAACCCAGAGGAACGGGCUGGUGUUCAUCUACGACAUGGCGGGCUCACAGUACACCAACUUCAAGCUGGACCUCAGCAAGAAGAUCCUCAACCUGCUGAAGGGUGCCUUCCCGGCUCGGCUCAAGAAGGUUUUCAUCGUGGGAGCGCCCAUGUGGUUCCGCGUGCCCUACUCCAUCAUCAGCCUGCUGCUGAAGGAGAAGCUGCGGGAGCGGGUGCAGAUGGUGAAGAUGUCGGAGCUGAAGGAGCACCUGCCCCGGGAGUGCCUCCCCGAGUACCUCGGGGGGUCCCUCAAGCUGGACCCUCUGAGCUGGAACUGCCGGUUCCUGCCCCAGCAGAACGGACAGCCCGACCCCCUGGAUGAGCUCAUCCUGGUGCCACUGGUGGCCCCCAAAGAUAACGGCUCCGUCCACGUCCCCGGGCCCAAGUCCGUCACCCUCCAGGAGCUGCUGGAGCAUGUCAGUCGCAAGCAGAAGCGGGGCAUCUACGAAGAGUACGAAGAUAUUCGGCGCAGGAGCCCGGCUGGCACCUUCGUCUGCUCUUUGUGAGUCAGGGGGAGGAAGCUGGGUGCAGGCCAGCGUGGGGAGCCCGCCCCCCUCACUCCAAAAAAGCUGCAUCUCCCCUGUCCCCAUGCUGCUGCUGCUCUACUGACCAACUACAUCAACGCGAGCUUCAUGGAUGGCUACAAGCAGAGGAACGCUUACAUCGGGACUCAGGGGCCUCUGGAAAACACCUACGGUGACUUCUGGCGCAUGGUGUGGGAGCAGAACGUCCUGGUGAUCGUGAUGACGACCCGGCUGGAGGAGGGGGGCAGGAGAAAGUGCGGCCAGUACUGGCCCCUGGAGAAGGACUUCCAGGUGUGCUUCGGGGCCCUGACCAUCACCAACCUGGGCGUGGAGAACCUCAACCAUUACAAGAAAACCAUCCUGGAGAUCCACAGCUCGGAGAUGGGGGAGCGGCGGCUGGUGUCCCAUUUCCCCGUUCUGGGUGCGACACGGUACCCUGCCCCAGCUCGGAGCUGUGUCCAUCCCGGGAAGCACCAAGAAGCGCCGGUGAAACCCUCGGCUGGUGAAGCGAUGCGCUGUUGCCUGUCGCUGUCAGCAGUCCUGAGUAUGAAGAAGUUCGCUGCAGGACCAGGAGAAGGAUCUCUGCGGGGAUGGCAGAGCGCGGAGAGGGGCCGGUUCCUCACCGGCGGCGUGGGUCUGAGCCCCUCCUGCCCGCAGGGUGCCUUCCCGGCUCGGCUCAAGAAGGUUUUCAUCGUGGGAGCGCCCAUGUGGUUCCGCGUGCCCUACUCCAUCAUCAGCCUGCUGCUGAAGGAGAAGCUGCGGGAGCGGCUAAAGAUCCUGUGCGCGUUCGUGGUUUGGCUGCCCGAUGCGCCCUACCUGUAG